AUGAAUCCACAUCCUUUAAAAAAAGUAUUGAUCCUUUCCGGCCCAACUGGCGUAGGAAAGACCGCCAUAGCGGUUCUUUUAAGCUCUUUGCUAGAUGGAGAAAUUAUCUCCUGCGAUAGCGUUCAGAUUUACAAGGAGCUGGUGAUAGGAUCAAACAAAGAGCUGGGAUUACCAGUUCCCCAACAUUUGAUAGACAUUGUUUCGUGGAAAGAAAAGAAUUUUACCAACGCAGAUUUUCAUUCCCUUUGCCUUGGAAAAAUAGAGGAAAUAACAAGUCGAGGAAAAAUCCCUCUUUUGGUGGGUGGAACCGGAUUUUACACAAAAUGGAUCGUCCAAGGAAGACCAUCAUGCCCUCCGCCUUCAAAAGAAAUUCUUGCUGUCGUCGACCAAAUGACCGACAAUUGCGAUUGGGAAGAAGCUAUAAACUUGCUUAAAGCAGUUGAUCCUGAAUAUGCGGCUUCUUUAUACAAAAAUGAUAGAUAUCGUCUAAAAAGAGCAAUCGCCAAUCAUCUGCAAACCAACCAACCCAUGUCUUCUUUCAAACCAACAAAAGAGGACAUGAAAUACGAUUUUAGAUGUUUUUAUUUGUCUAAAGAUAGGCCGACCCUGUCUCUCUCCAUUGAUUGUAGAUGCGAGAAAAUGAUUUCAAAUGGCUUGCUAAGAGAGGUUGGUGAACUGUGGCUGCAAGGCCUAAAAAAAGAUUACUCGGCGGGGCGGGCCAUCGGUUACUCAGAAACUAUCGACUUUAUCGAAUCGCUUUGGGUCAAAUAUAGCUCAAUAACUGCAGAUGAGCAGGAUGAGUUUUUUAAAACCAAAGAGGUGCUUGCUAAAUUUAGAAACUAUGUGGAUUUAUUUAAGGCCUCUUCUAGGCAAUAUUCACGGCGACAAGAUUCUUGGCACAAGGAUUCCGAAUUUAAAUGGAUUGAUGGAUCGGUCUUGAAAAGCAAAUUUGAUUCAGUAGAAAUGGACCCCUUGAUAGCAACAUCAACGUACAUCACUCGGGCUUUCAACUUGUCGAGAUUCGAAUGGGACACAAGUGCUGAGUUUGAAGAAAUUCACAAAGAAAGUUUGUCGCUUAGAUGGUCCGACACGAUAAGAAAGUCAAUGAAAACAUAUCAGGCAAUUGCUAAAGAAAAUUUAAAGUCCAUUUUUACAUGCGACGACACUUGCCAUGCCACUAUGUUGGAUCAAUUGAAAUCGGUUUUCAACAAAAAACACACUAAUUAA